ACAACCUUGCUCUUCCUCACUCACACCCGGAGUUGCAAGACAGACUGAGGAAUCUCACAAACGAGGACUAGGACAACACAGGAACAAUGGUGAAAGUCGGUAUUAAUGGAUUUGGCCGCAUCGGGCGCCUGGUGACCCGUGCUGCUUUCACCUCCAAGCAGGUGGAGAUUGUUGCCAUCAAUGACCCUUUCAUCGACCUGGAGUACAUGGUCUACAUGUUCAAGUAUGACUCCACCCACGGACGCUUCAAGGGUGAGGUCAAAAUUGAGGGUGACAAGCUGGUCAUCGAUGGACACAAAAUCACCGUUUUCCACGAGAGAGACCCCGCUAACAUCAAAUGGGGAGAUGCUGGUGCCCAGUACGUGGUUGAGUCCACUGGUGUGUUCACCACCAUUGAGAAAGCCUCUGCUCACUUGAAGGGGGGUGCCAAGAGAGUCAUCAUCUCUGCACCCAGUGCUGAUGCUCCCAUGUUCGUCAUGGGUGUCAACCAUGAGAAGUACGACAAGUCCCUCAAGGUUGUCAGCAACGCUUCCUGCACAACCAACUGCCUGGCUCCCCUGGCCAAGGUCAUCAAUGACAACUUCGUCAUCAUUGAGGGCCUGAUGAGCACAGUUCAUGCAAUCACUGCCACCCAGAAGACUGUUGAUGGUCCCUCCGGUAAGCUGUGGAGGGACGGCCGUGGUGCCAGUCAGAACAUUAUCCCCGCCUCCACUGGUGCUGCCAAAGCUGUCGGCAAGGUCAUCCCCGAGCUCAACGGCAAGCUGACCGGCAUGGCCUUCCGUGUCCCCACCCCCAACGUGUCCGUGGUUGACCUGACAGUCCGUCUGGAGAAACCCGCCAAAUACGAAGACAUCAAGAAGGUUGUGAAGGCUGCAGCUGAUGGACCCAUGAAGGGCAUUCUGGGAUACACAGAACACCAGGUCGUCUCCACAGACUUCAACGGUGACCUCCGCUCCUCCAUCUUUGAUGCUGGCGCUGGCAUCGCCCUCAACGACCACUUUGUCAAGCUGGUUACAUGGUACGACAACGAGUUUGCAUACAGCAACCGUGUCUGCGACCUGAUGGCCCACAUGGCUUCCAAGGAGUAAAAACAACCAGCCGAUUGCUCGUCACUGCACUAAGACACAUCACCCACAUUCUCCUGAUACCAGAGUCGUACAAACACAAUUGGUUAUCAAUGACUUUGGCUGGUUCCUUCGUAAAGUCGACCCACAUCAGAUCCGUGAAGAGAGCAAGCGAAAAAGAUUUAAAUUGGUGACAAAUUACUUUUUUGUAUUUGUAAAGUUCCCCGUUCUGUUCUUGUAUGAGAUGAAGUAAAGGUGUGAGUAUUUGUCUGUCUGUCGUACUGCAGUCACCGGUGGAAUAAAGUCCUGUUUGUGAGAA